AUGAGGACACAGAGGAGUAUGUCCCAAAUGAAAGAACAAGACAAAAUCACAAGAGAGCUAAAGGAAAUGGAGAUAAGUAACAUGUCUAAUAGAGAAUUUAAAGAAAUGGCCAUAAAGAUACUAGCUGGACUUGAGAAAAGAGUGGAGGAUCUCAGGGAGACCCUCAAGAAAGAGAAAAAAAAACAAAAAAGAACCAAUCAGAGAACUGAAAUUAAAAAUACACUAGAAGGAAUAAAUAGUAGACAGGAGGAAGCAGAAGAACAGGUUACUCAGGGUUUUCAGAGGCUUACCCUCAGGUGCCUGGCUGGAGUGGCCCAGGGUGACAGGCAUAUGAGUGCCCCUGGUUACUCCACAGAGACUCGUCUACACUGUCAAGGAGUAAGACCCCCCCAGUGGUAUAAGCUUCAGACCUCACAUGAGCUGACUCAUGGCACCUCUACUUGCCCAUUGACCAAGUCGAGAACUUCAAAUUUCCCCCACACUAGCUGGGCAGAGUCUGCUGCGGUGGUUCUGCUCACUGGCCGGCAAGGGAGCCGGGGAAGAGCUGAAGAGGAGAGUGCCUGUGUCUCACGCGGUGGCCCCAGAGAAUCACCGAGCAAAGUGCAGCAUGCCCACGUGCUCCCAAGAGGCCUGGAAGCCAACCUGGAGGCGAGACCUGGAGAAAGCUGGAACCAUGCUGACCUUGUGUCCUAUGAAGCAAAUGCAGCUCCUGGGAAGCCUGCCGUUAGUGCAGAUGAGGGAGAUGGGGGUCCCCAAAUCUGCCGUGUAUGCGGGGAUAAGGCGACUGGUUACCACUUCAAUGUCAUGACAUGUGAAGGAUGCAAGGGCUUUUUCAGGAGAGCCAUGAAACGCAACACCCGGCUGAGGUGCCCCUUCCGGAAGGGCACCUGCGAAAUCACCCGCAAGACCCGGCGCCAGUGCCAGGCCUGCCGCCUCCGCAAGUGCCUGGAGAGUGGCAUGAAGAAGGAGAUGAUCAUGUCGGACGCGGCUGUGGAGCAGAGGUGGGCUUUGAUCAGGACGAAGAAGAGAGAACGGAUGGGCACUCAGCCCCUGGGAACCAAGGGGCUGACUGAGGAGCAGCAGACGAUGAUCAGAGAGCUGAUGGAUGCUCAGAUGAAAACCUUCGACACCACCUUCUCCAAUUUCAAGAAUUUCCGGCUGCCAGAAGUGCCCAGCAGUGGUCGCGAGGUUCCGGAAUCUCUGCAGACUCCAGUGGGGCAAGAAGCUGCCAAGUGGAGCCAGAUCAGGGCAGACCUGUGCUCGCUGAAGGUCUCUCUGCGGCUGUGCCGGGAGGACGGCAGCGUCUGGAACUACAGACCCCACGCUGACAGCAGCGGGAGAGAGAUCUUUUCCCUGCUGCCCCACAUGGCCGACAUGUCAACCUACAUGUUCAAAGGCAUCAUCAACUUUGCCAAAGUCAUCUCCCACUUCAGGGACUUGCCGAUCGAGGACCAGAUCUCCUUGCUAAAGGGGGCCACCUUUGAGCUGUGCCAGCUGAGAUUCAACACGGUGUUCAAUGCCGAGACGGGAACCUGGGAGUGUGGCCGGCUGUCCUACUGCCUGGAAGACCCUGCAGGUGGCUUCCAGCAGCUUCUCCUGGAGCCCGUGCUGAAAUUCCACCACAGGCUGAAGAAGCUGCAGCUGCAUAAGGAGGAGUAUGUGCUGAUGCAGGCCAUCUCUCUUUUCUCCCCAGACCGCCCGGGUGUGGCGCAGCGCAGCGUGGUGGACCAGCUGCAGGAGAGAUUUGCCAUCGCCCUGAAGGCCUACAUCGAGUGCAGUCGGCCCCAGCCUGCCCACCGGUUCCUGUUCCUGAAGAUCAUGGCCAUGCUCACCGAGCUCCGCAGCAUCAAUGCUCGGCACACCCAGAGGCUGCUGCGCAUCCAGGACACACACCCCCUCGCUAGCCCCCUCAUGCGGCAGUUGUUCGGCAUCACAGAUGGCUGAGCGGCUGCCUCCCUGGUAGAGCCUCCGAGGGGCAGCCUGAGCCAGAGCCCUGCCCUCGGAGCUGCCAUUCCUGGGACUAGAUAGAUGGCUACUGGGGAGAGCUGGCAAUGCCCUGCAGGUCCUCCCUCCCCGGGGAACUCACAACCAUUCCUCAGGAAAGGGACGAGGGUCUCCCCAGAGUGAAGCAUAGAGUGAAGCCAUAGACACUUUGAUGGAGAGCGCACUGGCCUAUAGACCAGGCCCAUUCAGAGGCAAGACCACCCUCCCCUUGGAAAUGGCCCUGUGGUCUGAGCAUCUAGUGUCAUGGUGGGAGAGGGGAAGUGUCUGUGAGAGAAGCCAGAAGGCCUACAGCAAACGUCAGAGUCUUGUCAUGACCUGUCUAUUCUUUCUUCCUUCUGCGUCCUUCAUUCUGUGUCUCUGCAUCCAUGCAAACACAUUAGUAAGCACCAACAAUAUGCAGUUUGCUGUGGGGUAUGCGCCGACUCAGACAUAGUUCUGGACCUCCAAGACUUUAAAAGUUCAACUUAAGAAAACAAAGCAGAAACACAGAGAGCUUUGAGCCAAAGAAGUGGUAAGGGCCAUAAGAAGCACAAGGAAUUUCUUCCUGUGAACGCGGAGCUGUGUGGGCUUCCUGAGGGACCAAGUGAGGGAUCUGUGGAACAUGUGUUCGUGGGAGGAAGGGCACUAACUGGCUGUGUGCACAUGUGUGUGACUUAGUGUAGGUCUGCUCCACGUCUGACCUGGGGCUUGGGUUUGCCCCCGAGGCUGGAACACUGGGGUGCUCUCUGCGACGAGGUUGUGUUGAGAGGCAGUUAAUAAACAUGCUAGCUAUGCAUGCACUCUAUCUUCCUGUUUACACAUCUAUUUUGAAAGCUAAAGAAAAUGACAAUGGUUGCUUUGUUUAUAGCCAUUUUGAGUAAAAAUGUUUUUGCCUUUGGUGCAAAUUAAAUUUUGACUAAUA